AUGAAACCAGCCCGACCACCAGUUUGGGAGAGGACGCCAUGCAUAGCCACCUGGAACAUGACAGAUCUUAGCUCCCUGAGCCGUGAUGUUGUACUGAACUCGAAAAUACUCUGUGUUAUUGGAAGCCUGUUAGCUAAAGCAAGAGGGCAGAACGCAACCAUGUUUUAUUUUGGCUUAUGUUUUAUGUUUGGCUGUUAUCCUUGGUACACAUCACAGGAAGUCCCUGUUAAUGGUGGCCUACCCUAGAACUUCAAAUUCCAAACUCAUCUGGAAAAAAAACACUGUAACAUCCCAGCCAAGGACUUCAGUGGAUUAUCUGUUAUAGAAUGGGAGCACUGGAGAUCUCAGUGGGCCUGCAACCGGGAUGCAAAAGAUACCUACAGAAGAAAGUCCAGGAAACUCAUAACCAAAGCGGAAGGGAAUAUUUCAGCAAAUGAUGUUAAACAUUUAGAGUUAGCAUUAUGAGUGAAAAUCAGACCAAAGGGCCUAUGGGGAUACUGUUUAUACCCUGGUUGUCAUAAAUAAAAUUUCCAUGAUCAGAACUGCACUGGUUCUUGCACGAAAAGUGAAGUUCUGAGAAACAAAGAACCUUCUUUGCUCUGGGAUAGCAGUGCAGCCCUGUGUCCUUCCAUUGACAUUAGGAAACCCCUUUCAAAUGUUCAAAAUAUUUUGCACUUUUCUCAGUUUAGGUUGAAUGAAUCCAUAAGGAUUUCCUCCAUGACAUUCCAAGAUUAACUGUAUACUGCACUAGGUUAUAGAGAUGAGUAAGUUUUUGCUGUGACACUGCCUGACUGCACCAGUUCUGAUUACUUGAUACUAGCAGAGGUGAUUGCUCAACUAGUCUUUGUUGUGCCACAGUCAGGAUGA